AUGAUCAAAGCUGCCAGCAUGCCGUACCGUGGAUUCAUCCUCCAGUUGAAUAAACGGGCAUCAGAAUGCAACUACGGUGAUCGUUUGGAAGAACAACUAUGUGAUCGUCUGAUUGGUGGAAUCAACAACAUCUCAUUACGGCCUCAGAUGUCGGAAAAGAAAGGUGUCACGUUAUCUGAGGUCCGAAAAUCUGGCUUUGUCAUAGAUCUGAUUCAGGGAACGGUGCUGUCCUCGUACGAGGACAGUUGA